AUGGUCACAUGUACACCAAGUGCCUUGUCCACUAUAUCAUCUCUUCAUCACUCCGUGUCCCUUCUCUUAUACAAAAGCGCUUUUACAGGAGGUGCUAUACUUCUGUUCUUAUUUUGGUCAUGUGCUAUUUUUAUUUCCAUGUUUUUUGAUUUUGUGGGACUCAUUGCAAGUCUGUUUAUUGCAGUUUUCAGUUGUAAGAAUUGGAUGAAAAGACAUAGAAUUGUUUCUUCUGACAAGAUCCUCUUCAGCUUGGGCAUUGCCCGGUUUCUUAUGAUGGGACUGUUUUUCUUAAAUAUCUUCUGCCUCUCCGUCACUCCUGGUCUUCUCAGGUCAGUUCAUGCAACUACUUUCUUCUUGGUGUGCUGGAUAUUUUUGGACUUCUGUACUCUUUGUUUUGUGACCUUGCUGAACACUCUGUACUGUGUGAAGAUUUCUAACUUCCAAUAUUCAGUGUUUCUCCUGCUGAAACAAAAUUUCUCCCCAAAGAUCCCUGGGCUGCUGCUGGCCUCUGUGCUGAUUUCUGCCCUUAUUUCCCUCAUAUAUAUUGUGUUCAGACUGACUUCACCCUCCCCAAUACUCGUGGUUGGGAAAAAUGGCACAGAGUUAGGCCUGAAAGAGGAUAUUUUAUUUUUUCUGAUCUCCUAUGUUUUGAGCUCAUCUCUGCAGUUUAUCACAAAUGUGAUGUUGGCUUCCUUGCUAAUAUAUUCCCUGAGAAGACACAUACAGAAGAUGCAGCGAAGUGCUACCAAGUUUUGGAAUCCCCAGACAGAAGCACAUGUGGGUGCCAUGAAGCUGAUGAUCUGUUUCCUCAUCCUCUACAUCCCGUACUCGGUUGCCACCCUGUUCCUUUAUUUACCUUACUUUUUGGGGAUGAAUUUGAGAACCAGAUUCAUUUGUGUGGCACUUACUACCCUUUACCAUCCAGGACAUUCUGUUCUCAUUAUUCUCACAAACCCUAACCUGAAACACAAAGCAAAGCAGUUUCUUUGUUUCAACAGGUUCAGGGGUCAAUAG